AUGUCGCAGAAAAGAGGAAGACCAGCACCUAAGCUCAAUAGGGCCUGUAUGCUCUGUGGUCUUGUGCAGUCAAUGAGCCAAUUUCGUAACGAAGGAUGUCCAAACUGUGAGUCAGUUUUACAUUUCGCAGACAAUGACGAUCUCGUUCGAGAGUGCACUUCGCCUACCUUUGAAGGACUUGUUGCUACUCAUGGAGAUCAGGGAUCAUGGGUGGCGAGAUGGCUCAGAAUUGAGAAUUUUGUGCCAGGAUUAUAUGCUGUGCGGGUUCUCGGCAAAUUGCCUGACGAUGUCCGAGGCGACUUGCAGGCACAGGGCAUUGAAUACAGACCGCGCGAUGGAUCCAUCCAAGAUUAA